CUAGAGCAGGGAGCAGAUCAGAUCCGAGGCGGCUGCCCUCCGUGAUGGCGAACUUCAGGAUGGACGACGACGACGAGUUGUUCCACCGCUACGACCCUGAGGUGUUGGCCGCCAACGACAUCGACUAUCCCCCCCGCGAUGCUAGGAUGCGCAUCAAGUGGUGGGCUUUUCUGAUGCAAGUGGAGGGUAAUUUGAGACUUACAAAUAUGUCGGUACCUUCGGCAAAGAUCAUCAGGUACCCAGAUCAAAUGGAGAAGGCAUGGGGAUGGUGGAGGCUGCUGCCGAUCUAUCAGGGCCUCGGUCCGGACAUGCCCCUCUACCGGGAGUACCUCUGCGAGUACUACCUCCGCAAUCCUCCUGAAUCUGUUGAUGACUCUGCCUGUACUCGGCACAAGUUUGUGGUCCGAUCUGCAUGGACAAAUGAGAAUGGCCGCCUCAUUCCUCUCGCCGGCAAAGUAAUCUAAUUGGAAUCUCAACUCCUGCCUGCAUCUGUUAGAUAUUUGACCCAUCUAUCAGGAAAGGUUUUAACAACCGUGGUCUGCCAAAGUAUUCAGGUUCCCAAAGAAAGCCUAUUCCCCAUCUGUUUAUGGAUUGUAGUGUAUCUUUAAUACUCCUUCCGUCCCAAAAUUCUUGUCUUAGAUUUGUCUAGAUACGGAUGUAUCUAGUUACUAAAUCUAGACAAGAAUUUUGGGACGGAGGGAGUAUUGCUCAUAUUAUUGUGUUUCAUUCAUGUGCGCUACUGAUGAUAAAUUGGUUGACUUUUCUUUUUGCAUGAUCAGUUUAUUUGUUAAUGCUCUGACUCAGCACUCAAUCUAUAGAGUUCCCAAAAGCAUCCUACUAGGUAGGCACCUAGUAGAAAGAAUUUCUAUCCUAUGAAUUCCUUCAAGGUAGUGCGUAAAUGUUGUUUGGUCUCCAUAAUACAAACUACUCAUAAACCGGCUCUUCUUCAGUUUCUGGAAUAACUGAAAGUAUUUUUGCCCUGCUUCAUUUCUAGCUCGAUUGAAUGGUCAUCCAUUCUUUAACUGCUUGCUAAUCUACUUGCUUAUAUCAAUUGCAAAACGAUGGUUUUAAGUGUCUGGAGAUGGAGGCCAAGUUCAUCGGUCUGUGUGAGAGGAACAAGAUAAAAUUAACUGACACUGAGACUGCCCUGAGCCACAAAAUCAAGCAGCACGCGCAGGACAUAGUUGAUGGAGCGUGUGAAUAUGCUGGUGCAUAUGCUGCCGCUGCUGCUUUGGUGUGUAUCUGCAAAGAGGCUGAGUUGAUGUGCGAGAGGGCUAUGUGCGGGAGAUACAACUCUGGUAUCAUGGCUUGCAUACUCUGCAAUCAGAUCAGAGAGCAUGCCAUCAGUCUU